AAAAACAUGUGUUCGAAGUAAAUACAAAAUAUUCAUAAAAGUGCUUAUGUAAAUUGCUUGCAUACUUUAUGAAUGUCUAACUAAAUAACGGUUAAUGGUAAAACGUCAUUAAACGCUUAAGAAAAAUGCGUUUUAGCAACAUUUUCGUGCCGUUGUUAUUGCUGAUCGCCGUUAAGCUAACGCAUGAAUACACCAAUAAUGGCGAUAUUGAAGUGAAAGUUGGUGUACUCUUCUUUCGCGAUGAAUACGAAAUUGAAUUGAGCUUUGAUGAGGCAUUCCUUGAGAUAAAUAAUAACAAAUUGUUUGGCUUAAGUUUUCAGCUGAUAAAACGUUUUGUACCCAGCGAUGAUAGCUUCAUAUUGCAGCAGUUAACAUGUGAACUGAUUUCAGAUGGCGUUGUUGCUAUUUUCGGACCAAGUUCAAAGACGUCUACUGAUAUCGUUGCGGUUAUAGCCAACGCCACCGGUAUACCGCACAUGAAAUUCGACUGGAGAAUAGAGUCGCCAACUCAAGAUCGCCUUAAUAACCGAAUGACCAUCAAUGUGGCACCGUCAGUAUCGAUGAUCUCAAAGGCUUACUACAGCAUAAUUAAAUACAAUUAUGAGUGGCAGCAAUUUACGCUUGUUUAUGAAACGAAGAUUGGACUCGCUCGCCUACAAGAUCUCAUGAAUAUCAAUCCCUUGGAUAGUGAACAAAUAAAGAUUCGUUACAUUGAGGAUUAUAAAAGUGAUUUACGUGUACUUUGGAAAGAGAUUAGUGAGACCUUACAUGAAAAUAAAAUCAUACUCGAUUGCGAGGCGGAUUCGCUGAAAGACUUGGUGUUGAUUGCAAAGGAAUUCAAGAUGUUGGGUUCGUUUAAGUACUUGUUUUUGUCUCACUUAAAUACGCACAACUCGCCAUUGCAAAGCCUGUAUGAUUCCAGUUACAGGGCGAAUAUAACCUCUGUGAGAUUAAAAUUAGUCGAUGAGAAUCCUUUUCGGCGAAAGAAGAUGCGCUUACGGCCAAUCGAUAAAAUCUUUCAAAAUCAAAUCUUAUUACCGGUAUUAAUGUACGACGCUGUCGUGUUAUUUGCGAAUGCCGCUAGAAAUGUAAUUACCAAAGCAAGGUCAUAUGCGGAACCACAAAGGCGUUGCGAGUUUGAGUUCGGUCGGCCCUGGUAUAUUGGUCGCCAAAUUGUGCGCGAAAUGAAGUCUAUCUCCGAAGAUGACGUUGAACCGCCUUUUAAAACGGAAAAUCUUAAAAUCGACGAAAACGGUCAACGCACACAAUUCAACUUGGAGAUCUACAAACCCACCACCAAUGAAAUCUUAGCUGUUUGGAAGUCGGAUGGCACAAUCUCACCGCCAACUUCGAUUCAAUUUGGCACCGGUAGUUCUUCAAAUACGCCCGAUUUCUCAUUAGAGCGUAAAAAGUUUAUAGUGACGACACGCUUCGAGGCGCCCUAUUUCAUGUUGAAAGAGGAUUAUGAAAAUUUGCGUGGUAUGGAGCGAUACGAAGGCUAUGCAGUGGAUUUGAUACAAAAACUCGCAGAUAUAAUGGAUUUCGAAUAUGAAUUCUUAAUUGAAAGUCGUACAGGAAAGCUGAAUCCGGAUACAGGCGAGUGGGAUGGCAUGAUACGGCGUUUAAUUGAUCAUCAAGCACAAAUUGCUAUCUCUGAUAUAACAAUUACUCAGGCACGUCGGCAGGUAGUGGAUUUUACGGUGCCUUUCAUGCAAUUGGGUAUUAGCAUACUGUAUUAUAAAAGACCACCGGCAGCUAAGAAUGAAUUUGCAUUUUUGGAACCCUUCGCCGAAGAGGUGUGGUACUAUUUGAUGUUGACACAGCUGAUUAUGACGUUGCUGUUUGUAAUAUUAGCGCGUUUCUCACAUCAUGAGUGGACGAAUCCGAAUCCAGCUGAUUCCGAUCCCGAAGAACUCGAAAAUAUAUGGAAUAAUUCAAACUCUUUUUGGUUGAUGAUUGGUUCUAUUAUGCAACAAGGUUGCGACAUACUACCGAAAGGCCCACCGAUGCGCAUACUCAGCAGUAUGUGGUGGUUCUUCACAUUGAUGAUGGUCAAUGCUUAUAUCGCCAAUUUGGCUGCGUCGCUAACAAACAAUAAGCUGCCGAGCGAAUUUGACAGUCUUGAGAGUCUUAUCGAUCAGGAUAAGGUUAAGUAUGGCACUUUAGCUGGUGGCAGUACAUCGGUUUUCUUUUCCGAAUCGAAUGAGACUGAAUACAAAAGAGCAUGGAAUCAAAUGAUCAGCUUCAAGCCAUCAGCCUUCACAUCGAGUAAUAAGGAAGGUGUCGACCGUGUACGUAAAGGUAAUGGCAGUUAUGCUUUUCUCAUGGAAACGACAACAUUGUCGUACAAUAUUGAACGGGAUUGUCAUCUAAAACAAGUUGGUAGUCAAUUUAGUGAGAAGCAUUACGCUUUAGCGGUACCAUUAGGUGCUGAGUAUCGUUCCAAUUUGAGCGUUUCUUUGCUGCAACUCAGCGAGAAGGGUGAACUUUACAAUUUAAAGCAUCGCUGGUGGACUCCGACCGUUAAACCCGAAUGUCCAAGUGAAGAUGAAGCCGAUGGUGAUGAGCUCUCUAUUAUCGAAUUGAGUGGUGUGUUUCUGGUGCUCGGCGCCGGUGUGGUGGUCUCUUUCAUUAUAGGAUGCUGCGAGUUUUUGUGGAAUGUGCAAACGGUUGCCGUGAAUGAAAAGACUACACCAUGGCAAGCUUUUAAGGCCGAACUGUGCUUUGUGUUAAAGUUUUGGAUAACCAAAAAGCCUGCGAUUAUUUCGGAGAGUACAAAGUCUUCAAUUUCAUCGAAUUCCUCUUCGAAACGUUCGUUUGAUCGUUCACACUCUCGUUCUCACAGUCGUGUGAGUGGUCGCUCACGGCGUACUAAAUCGAAGACACGUGAACGUGAGCGUGAACGCAGUGUACUCAGUCGCCGUUACUAUGACUAAUAUUUGAAGUAUUUUUGAAUACAUUUGAUUAUUUUCCGAUUUGGUUUUUCUCUUCACUUAAU